CAAAAAAAUGCCGCUUCAACAAUAGUUACCGGCAGUGCAAAAUGCGAGAGCGCGCCGACUGAUGGCGCCACUAGUUGGCGCAGGCGCAUCUCGCACGUCAACAAGCGGCGCGUCCACUCAUCCUCCGCCACUCCGCGCGCGAAGCGAACAGUUGAUCUGUGAUUCGCGCAGUUUCCGCGUUGUACGCUCGUGCGGCUUCGGCGGCUUCGGCUCUCCCCACUCCAUCCCACUAGCGCCGAGCGCGUCGCUUAACCGCGUGGAGGGGACGUUGCUCUCGGCUCGCCGUGCGCGCGAGCGAGACAGACACAGCGUGGCCGCCAGUGCCAGUGCACGGCGUAGAACAGCGCGAUCCCAUUCUUUGUGUACGCGCCGCCGUAUUGCGUGUGCGUGACGCGUGACGUGACGGUGCAACACAACCGGUGGACAGUACGUCGUCGGCGCGGGGGAGAAACGUGCGUCUCGAUCAGUGACAGACAAGAUGGCGGAGUGUCUGGGUCUGGUGCGGUGGUAGUAGAGCGGUGCAUAUCGCACGGGCCGCGUCAACGUGUUGGACAACGCGGGGGGAGUUUCGGUUGUUGGCCAGAGCCUUGACAACAGCUGGACGCGACAUGGAGCGGACGGUCUCGGCGGCGACCAGACGCCGCGGUCACCAGCAUCAUCCGCGGCAUACCACGCGACGACGUCUCGACGCCUCCAGCAGAGGACCCGCGCAGUGUGGCCCUGCUGAUGCCGCCAGGAACACCACGUUUACCGGCGACGAGACGUCGCCCGCCAACGUGACCGUCGACGACCGACUUGGCGCGACGGAUCCGUCCGUGCCGCAAGUGACACUCGGCACGAGAUGGCCCACGAGGAUCAACGAGAUCGAGACGAAGGACUCGAGAACCCAGGUGCUCGAAGAGGAGAAGGAGAAGGAGAAGGAGAAGGAUGAUAAAGGAGACCGUAGGGACGACGACGUUCGACAAAGGCUCGCGCAGUGUAGCCCGGACGUUCCCGUGCUCGGCGAGAGUAAGAACGCCGAGCACGACGAGAUCCAGGAUCGGCCGGGUAGAAAGAGAAGAACCCACCGAUUCAGUCCUCGUAGGAAGAACUCUGCCGAGGAUCGCAACGAACGCGAUCCGCGAAGCAAGAGCAACUCGCCCGAGCCCGAGCACGCGGUCGCGAGGGCACGCGGCGACGGGAACUCCGAUGACGAGUCUGCCAACGUCGAGGAGGACCCUGAACUCGCGGAGCUAGCUAAGCUACGUUGUCCCAGCGAACGUACCGAGGUCCAGGCCGAGAGAGAGGCCCGCAGGCGGAAGAGAUGCGCCGAUUAUCCCGGGCUCGCCUUCGGCUGCUCCAUAUUCUCCAGCGACACGAUGAUGAAGUUCAGUCUGAUAAAGAACGAACUCCAGAAUAUCAUGGGCAAUCAGCUGAAGCGGGUCAGUAUCGCCGUAUGACAACGGCGUACCGCCGAAAUAGCGGCCGUGAUAGGUAAA